GUUAUCACUACUCCUUCUUAAUUCUCUGUUGAAUUUUACCAUGAAGUUAGCUACUGUUUCCAUUAUAUCUACUUUGAUUAUUCUUGCACAGGCUAAAUGCUGGUGUACUUUUGAUGGUUAUAAGACAGAGCGUUUUACAAGAAGAGCGUGCAAAAGUGCUCACUCUCUUGUAAUUACAGAAGGACAUAUAGUGUACUGUAUGAAACCACAUGGUACUACACUAGACUGGUCUAACAUCGCCAAUCGAGGCACUUAUAACGGCAUCUGUGGUGCAGCUCUGGUACAGAGUGCCAGAACUGGCGGGUCUUUUGGCAGUUGCCAGAAUGGUCUAUUGUCGGGCGUUGGCACACCACCCAAUCCUGUUACAGCAUGGAGCAUUUGCGUUUGGUUCUGUAUACUAAGAAAGGAUAGGCAUAUAGAAGAUACGACUUUGAAGAUUUUAGGCUUCCCUGGCGUUAUUAACGUUGUUAUUGCUUUGCUAUGUCGAGUUAAUUACGGCGAAUUACUCGUUCUUUGUACCUGUACGGAUACAAAGCGUGGCCCUACCGCCUACGUUAUGUACGGUACCUAG